AUGCGUCAAGUGCUUCAUAAAGCAGGGCAACUGCAGCACUACAACUUGUCGCUCAAACCAACUACAAUCACAGCAACACCAGCAACGGCAUCAACGUCACCUAAUGAAUUUGAGUUUUAUGCCUCAACCAUUGAAGAUUUUGUGUCCAACCAUCAACUUAGUGGCAACACAUCUACUGUGUCGCCAGGUAACUCGCUUGGAUACAUGGGAGGAGGAUACGACAAGCAUUUGCUACAAAGCAUGCUUCUUGGAACUGACAUAACCGAUUACAAAGUAGUUGAGCAUUUGAUACAGGAUGCCAGGUUACGACAAGGUAAUGGCUAUAUGAUACCUAACCACAUAUACCGAACUGAUUUACUCCAAUUACCCAUAUAUCAAGGUUACAAUUAUCGAGACUCACUAAUUUACAAGAAUUUAGGAGUUGAAGAAUUGAUCCAGAUCCCAACAAUGAUGGUUCCAGAGAAAAUACAUUCAGUGAGACAUUUGUUUGAUUCUAUAUGGAGUUUGCUAUCACAUAUACAGGGAUAUGGUAUGACUAGCGGGGAGGAGACCGAAAACAAUAGCAGCUCAAAUGGAAAAGAUAGUGGAAAAUUACGACAAAUUCAAAAUUUAAUCAUUCCAGGUGUAGGUACAGGAUACGGUCAUUUAAAUGAGUUUGAGCUGACUAAGAUCAUGAUAUUCGCCAUGUUUGUAUUCCACUUGGACCUCAAAAGUAGCACUAAAAGCAACGGCUAUGUUUCUUCACGUCUUGACCAAUUGAAGAAAUCAAUGUUAAUCUUGUUUUUUUUCAAUAAAGAUUAUCGAUUAUUUCAAAACGAAAUAGAUGUGCUGGAGAUGGAAAGUUUGAUCAGCGAUUACGGCAAAAAUGUUGAGUUGAAGCUGGACUCCAUAAUGGAGUUGGAUGAAGUUUUCCAAUGUGUCAAGUUGUGA